AUGUCGUCCAUCGUCACCACGGCCCGCACCGACCUCGCCCCCCUCCACAACCCUCCUCCAUACCGCCGCGGGCCUCUGCAGCCCGCAAUGUCGCCGCGACUGGCACCGGCUCCAGAUGCCUUGCCCGCGCCCACGGGCUUGAAGGACGACAAGCUCGGCGAGCCAUCUAGAUCCAUGGCCACGUCGGCCUCGAUGCGCAAGAUUGACAUGUUGAAGCGCAGCACAGCGGCAGGCCUGCCCCCAGCACCACCACCAGCGGCGGGGGCGAGCGCGAGCGCAAGUGCGACAGGCGGCGCAACAAGCGCAGCCGACGCGCGCGCCGUGCUGGCGCGCGUCAACGUCAAUGUCUCUUCAUCGCUGCACAAACGCGUCCUGGGGCGCGCGGGGCCCGUCGAGCGCAAAGAUGAUCCCGCGCCCAGCGGCGACGCCGGACCCACGGCCACGCCCGGGUCGCUCGGAAAGCGCGCGCGCGACUCGCCCUUGCCGCCCAGCGUCAUCGCGAAGCGUCCCCGCGCAGACGUCACUGCCGCCGCGGCCAAGCACCACAAGGAGGAGCAGGAGCGGUGGCUGCAAAAGUGGCAAAAGGUCUUCCCGACCCUGGUGUUCCACUUUGAGAUUGGUCUCGAGGACGGUUGCGGUCGUCUGGGUCCUCGCGUGUUGAAGAUGGGAGCGCGUAUCGACCAGUUCUUCUCGCAGCGCGUGUCCCACCUCAUCGUCAAAGGCGGCACGUCGCCACAGAAACCCAAGGCCGUCUCCAAGGGCAGACACCCUGGGCGCGAGAGCGACAACCCUUUCCUCGACCACACGGGCACCACCGACCUUGUGCAGAAGGCCCAGAAGCUUGGUAUCAAGGUCUGGACGGUGAAGAAACUUACGGACAUGCUGAACAAGCUGGCGCCUGUUGACGCGACUGUCAAGGACUCGCUGUCCCACCUCCUCGCCGAUGAGAAGCUGAACGGCACGCGUGAGCGAGACAUGACUGCUCCUCGCGCCGACUAUUACUAUUUCAAGCCCGGUAACGGCUACCUGUUGGUCGAGGACGCGACCAAGCAUUCUCGUCCCAUCAUGGUCAAGGAGUACCCGGCCAAGGAGCGCGAGUGGCCGGUUCUGCACGAGCAGUUCCUCCGCCUCACCACGUCGUCUCAGCUGCCCACGUCUGUGGCCAACUCGUCCAACCUCGUCAAGGACCUCCGUGCGCGUGCCAUGGCCUUGUUUGUCGACAAUGUUCCCUUCCGCAACGAACAGCCACCUGUCCCUACGCUCAAACGCUCCAACUCGCUGCGCGAGCUGCCCGUCACGCCCACGUUACCAGAGUCCCUCCCUUACCUCAAGGCCUCGGGUAACAGUGUCGUCAUCACGUCCAACAUUGCAUCGACGUCGAAUGCCAACGCGACUCCAGGCACCUUUGUCGGCGGCGUCCCGGCUCUUGGUACCGCCAGGGACCGUGCCAUCAUUCAGAUGAGCAAGCGCGUCCAGGUGCUCAAGGGCAACGCUCGCCUGGCUGCCACUGUCUCGGCCAAGAAGCUCACCGAUGCUGACCGCCGCGGAGUCGUGGACGAGACCCCUGCCCCUGGUCCCCACCGCCGCAGGUCGACAGGCAUGGACGCCGCUCCAACUCCACCUGUCAAGGAGUUCCUCACGCAGGCCCAGGUCGUCGCCAUGCUUCACCAGCUACACGCGCCGACCACCAUGAGGAAGCCGACGUACGACGAGCGCGUCACCAACCGCCAGCACGUCGACUCGGGCUUCAAGCGCAAGGAGCAGGACACGGCGAGCGGGUACUGCGAAAACUGCCGCAUUCGCUACACCAACCUGUCGGUGCACGUCGCGUCCAAGAAGCACAGGCGGUUCGCUACCAACCCCAAGAACUUUGCCGACCUCGACGACAUGCUCCAGUGCCUGCAGCGUCCUCCCAACCCGGCCAUCUGCCACCCGACCAAAGUGUGCCGCCCCUGCUACCGCCGCCACGACAAGAACGCCCAGUGUGGACGGUGCAUGGACGACCCGGCGCUGUACUCGUCCCCGCCGACCAGUCCUGCCGGCAGCACUGUGCCGCGCAGCGCGCGCAAGCCGCGUGUCCUGGGCGGCGCGUUCGACGAUGGCGGGACCGAGGACGGCAGCAACUACAACGCGAGCGAGGACGGGUACCCCGGGCGCGACGACCCGCGAUGGGACACCGACGACGACCUCUUCAUCACCGAUGACCGCUGA